CCUCUUCCUCUCUCGUUCACAUUGAGGCUGGUAAACACACGCGCACGCGCACGCGCACGAGGGGUGUCUGUCUGAGGCAACGUUGUUAAUAAUCAGGCGGGCGGAGCCGCUGAGCAAAAGGUGUCUAAUUUGGCGAUCCCGUCUCCCAUCUUCGAUCAUCCUCCAUUCAUCCCGAUUCCCGAUCGAUCGAACUCAGACUCGCGAGGAGAAGAAGGGGAAGAGAUAGCUGGGGGAUGGCUCGAGGGACGUCUCAAUCUCAGUCGGCGUCGUCGUCAACGUCGCGACCCGGCCUGGUGGGGGCACCCCGCGGGACGGCAGCUGCGGCGGCCGGGCUCAGGCGAAGGAGGGUGACCGGUGGGGGAGGGUCUGCUGGCGGAGGGAUGUCCGGCGGAGGCGGCGCCAGCAAUAUGUUGAGGUUCUACACGGACGACGUGCCGGGGCUGAAGAUCACGCCCACCGUGGUCCUGGUGAUGAGUCUUUGCUUCAUCGCCUUUGUCACGCUUCUCCACGUCGUCGGCAAGUUCUACCGUUACAAAUCCGGCGGAUCCCCCUGAGCUGCCCGCCCCAUCACUGGUCGGACCGCCCGCCUGCUACUCUCUCUCUCUCUCUUUUCGUUGUUAGCUUCGCAACUUUCCUGCUGGGGAGAUCUUUCUUUCUUUCCUUCUUCUUCUUUUCUGUUGAAUUUUUUCUUUUCCGCGUUUGAUGUGGAAGACUUGAUCAUGAUGUGCUCAUGUUUCCUUUGGGAAAAUUUUGGCUUGUGGAUUACUUCUUAAUGCUAAUGUUGUGAAACGGUUAUGUUAA